UUUUAUACGAUAUCCAAUUUAUGCAGUUAAGGACGGAUUUAUAUAAAAUUGUCUAGAAAAAAAUGAUCACACGUAUACUAGCUGGUUAUAGCUGUAUAAAAUUUAUAUUAGAUGUUUAAUCGAUUGAUUUCUUUAAACAUGUAUCAUGUAUAACUAUGUAAAUCCAUCUGAAAUAUCUGAAUAAAUCUUUGUUAUAUUGCGAUUUCUUCUAACCUAUCUUACAACAGUCCUAUCCUAACCUUUCUGAAUGUGUCACUUGAGUGCGAUUGUGUUAGCUCAGAUGACAUAUUUCCCGAGGAAAUCUCGCCGUUCGCAAAAUAAAAGGCUUCCAAGAGGUAAAGGCAGCGAGAGUAAAAUAAUGAAUGUACAAAUAAGACAUCCCUAUGAGGGUCUACUGCACAAAUACACGAAUGCUAUGAAGGGCUGGCAGUAUCGUUGGUUUAUCCUGAGUCCCGAGACUGGUGAAUUACAUUACUUUCUCAGCGAAUCUGAGAAGAAUCAAAGGCCACGGUGUUCGAUAUAUUUAGCGGGAGCCGUUAUAGCCCCCAGCGAUGAAGAUUCAAACACGUUUACAGUUAAUUCUGCUACAGGUGACAUGAUCAAACUACGAGCUACGGAUGCAAGAGCACGUCAGGAAUGGGUGGAUAAACUCCGAGCAGUUACAGAGAUGUAUACCAGAGCUAUAGCCAGCAGCCAUCCUCCGUUGCCACCUCGAGAACAUUCUGGGAAUUCAAGCAGGAAUCCUGUCGUUAAACUGGAAGUGCUAGAUGCUUUUGCCAAUUGUCAGGAACAAUUAAGAAAAGUGGAAAAACACAAUCUUGCUCUAGCACAGUCAAUCGAGAAUUCAGAUUUAUAUUUGGAUUCAGAUCUCUUAGUUCUUAAAGCCAUGGCACACACCACCUUACAUACAUUGAGUCAAUGUCUGAAUAUAUUAUAUCAAUAACAAAUUAAAAUCAUAUAUUUUUUAUGUUUACUUAUUAAUAUCAAAAUUUUUUAUACUUAUAGAAGUGCACAUACAUAAUAGAUUAUCUUUCUAUUAAGAGGUCCAUAUGUAACUUUAACAAUUAUUUAUAUUUAUCUAUGAUUAUAUAUGGGGUUGGU